AUGGUGGACUUCAGUGAAUUUCCUUCAUUUACGGAUCAUUCAUUCAACGGCUUGAUGGUCACACGAGUCAUGCCCUCGAUCUACAUCUUAGUCAUCCUCCUUAGUUUACCCCUGAAUGCUUUGGCCUUGGUGACAUUCACCUGUAAGAUUCGAAAGAAGAAACCAGCUGUGAUCUACAUGUCUCACCUGGUGUGUGUGGACCUGCUCUUCACCCUGCUGCUGCCUCUGAAGAUCCACUACCAGCUGAACGCUUCAGAUUGGGUGUUCGGUGAGGCGGCGUGUCGUUUGCUUAGUGCAACUUACUACUGCAACAUGUACUGCUCCAUACUGCUGAUGAUGUGCAUGAGUGUGGACAGGCUGCUGGCCGUGGCGUUUCCCAUCGCCUCUCUGACCUGGAGGAGCACAAGGAAAGCCAGAUGUGUAUGUGUGCUGGUCUGGCUGCUGGCGCUUGCUGGCAUAGCACCACUUCUUGCAUUGAGACAAACAUUCCGUUUCAAGAAUCUGGGAGUCACCUGCUUUGACUUGUUGGACGACGACUCUUCAAUGAUGUUAUACUUAUCCGUGUUCUUAAUCAUCCCCUGCAUCUACUUCUUCCUGCCGCUAGUCGUCAUCUUAGUAAGCUACUCUACUAUCAUAUAUGUGCUCUGUGCCAAACAUGAUCACUCAGCAACUUCACCAUCUUCUUCAGACAACCGAAAGAGGGCUGCGAUUAUGGCUACUGCUGUGUUGACUGAGUUUGUAGUGUGCUUUGCACCAUCUAAUGGCUUCCUGUUGUACCACUGUGUUUGUAUAGCCAUGGGAAGCAGUGGGUUGGAUACCUAUUUGGCUUACCUGUUGGCUGUGUGUUUGGGAAGCUCAAGUGUUUUUCUGGACCCUCUGCUGUACUACUACGGCUCGACUCAGUACAGACAGCAGAUCUGCUCUCUGUUUUAG